AUGGCGGCAAAGCGAAAUGAGGCAAAUGAGGGCCCCCAGCAGCAGCUGCGCCACAGCCUGCAGCAGCAGCAGCAGCAGCAGCAGCAGCAGCAGCAGCAGCAGCAGCAGCAGCAGGAGGCAGCAGGGGCAGCAGCAGCAGCAGCAGAGAGGCGCGAGGAGGAGAAAAUGCAUCAGCAGCAGCACCUGCUGCUGCCAGAGCCCGGCGCCCUACACCACACCAAGCAGCAGCAGCAGCAGCAGCAGCAGCAGCAGCAGCAGCAGCAGCAGCAGCAGCAGCAAUAG